GCGCGCUGACGACAGCAGGUGAUUUUUUUCUGCAGAGCGCUUUCUCUCAGCGCCUUCCCUGGAUUUUUUUCCCCCAGUCGCCGAGCAGGAGAUAAGGGUGGGGCCGCUUCCCUGCAGCAGAGACGGCAGCGGCAGUGGCUGCGGCAUCGUUGGGAGCAGAGGCUGCAGCAAUGCUCGGUCUCCGCUGGAGGUGAAUCACCUCCAAGCCCUGCUAGGUGGCCGGCUGAGACGGGACGCAUCAGGGAGGGAGAAUAGAGCCUCGUCCGUGGCCCCUGAGGCCACCCUGCUCGGUCCUUCCUCUACGCCAUGGCUUAAGCCCGCAGCCACCUCGUCUCGCGUCGCCUCGCUUGGCCGGGGUCUGCGCGCCGCCGCAGCAGCAGGGAGGGGCGCGACCCAGACGCCCUCGCCCGGGGACUCCGGGACGCCGGGUGGCUCACCCAUCGGUGCCCGCAGCAGACUGCGCUCCCAAGACCUUACAGACGGCUCCCGGAGGCGUUUGCUGCCGGUAAUCAGGGGGACUUUACGGACUUUAAUCUCAGUGAUAGCUUGACCUUCCUGGGUGCUCUCUGAGGGAGGAGAGCGAGGUAGCCCAGGCCACCAAGGGAAAAAAAAACAGUGGGAACCAGACUGGUCGAGGGCCGAGGGACUGAAGUAAGAUUAGAGACUUGCUUUAGAGCCACAAAAAGAAAGAGGGAAGGCCAGCUUUGCAGCUAGCAUCAUGGCGUGGCCGUGCAUCACGCGGGCCUGCUGCAUUGCCCGCUUCUGGAACCAGCUGGACAAGGCGGACAUCGCCGUGCCGCUGGUUUUCACCAAGUACUCGGAGGCCACCGAGGCCCCGAGCGCCCCGCCGCAGCCGCCGCCGCCGCAGCAGCAGCAGGCGCAGCCGGCGCACGCGCCCCCCUCGGCUAGGGCGGUCGCCAUAGAGACGCAGCCGGCCCAGGGCGAGUUGGAUGCAGUUGCCCGGGCAACGGGGCCCGCGCCCGGGCCUAGUGGGGAACGCGAGGCGGCGGCUGCGGCCGGCCGGAGCGGGCCCGGCGCCGUCCCGAGCUCCGGCUCCAGCUUCAGCGCAGGCCCCGCGGACUCGGUGAUGCGUCAGGACUACCGCGCCUGGAAGGUGCAGCGGCCAGAGCCGAGCUGCCGGCCGCGCAGCGAGUACCAGCCUUCCGACGCGCCCUUCGAGCGCGAGACCCAGUACCAGAAGGACUUCCGCGCCUGGCCGCUGCCGCGCCGCGGGGACCACCCGUGGAUCCCCAAGCCCGUGCAGAUCCCCGCGUCCUCCCAGGCUUCGGUGCCGAUUCUCGGGGCCUCCAAGCGCCGGCCUCAGAGCCAGGAGCGCUGGCCCGCGCAGGCCGCCGCGGAGGCCCCAGAGCAGGAGGCGACCCCUGGCGGAGCAGGUGGCCCCGCCGCCGGAAAGCCCUCGGGGGCAGACGAGCGCGACACGCGCAGGAAGCCUGGGCCCGCCUGGAUGCUGCGUCGCGCCGAGGGGCAGCCGCCGGAGCAGGCGCCGCUGCCCGCCGCCCAGGCCCCGGUCCAGGCCGCGGGCCUGGAGGCCGGCAAGGGACGGGCAGCGGCGGACGCCCUCAACAGGCAAAUCCGCGAGGAGGUAGCGAGCGCGGCGGGCAGCUCCUACAGAAAUGAAUUCAGAGCAUGGACGGAUAUCAAGCCUGUGAAACCGAUAAAAGCCAGGCCCCAGUACAAGCCUCCAGAUGAUAAGAUGGCUCACGAGACCAGCUACAGUGCCCAGUUCAAAGGGGAGGCCAACAAGCCCACACCAGUGGACAAUAAGGUCAUUGAUCGCAGAAGAAUACGCAGCCUCUACAGUGAACCUUUCAAGGAACCCCCAAAGGUGGAGAAACCUAGCGUUCAGAGUUCCAAACCAAAAAAGACCUCAGCGAGCCAUAAGCCCCCGAGGAAGGCCAAAGACAAGCAGGUGGUGUCGGGCCGGGCCUCCAAGAAAAAGAGCCCAGAGGGCCCCACUGCCGCCCAACCCGAAGACAAGGAGCAAAGUAAAGAGAUGAACAAUAAACUGGCUGAGGCUAAAGAGAGCCAGGUUGAACUCGCCAGUGAUUCACGUAAGAAUCGAGGUCCUAUAGCCACAGAGCCAGACAAGGAUCAAAGUCCUGCGGGCCCAGGGCCUCUGAAAGAUCAAGGUCCUGUGAUCCAAGAGCGUCCGAAGUAUCAAGGCCCCACGGCCCCAGAGCCUCUGAAGGAUCAAGCUCCUGUGGUCUUGGCACCUCUGAAGGAUGUGGGUCCCAUGGUCCCCACACCAGUUAAGGAUCAAGAUCACGUGGCCCCCGAGCCUUUAAAGAACGAAGGUUCUGUGAUCUCAGAGCCAGUGAAGGACCAAGGUUCCUUGGUCCCCGUGCCUCCAAAGAAUCAAAGUCCUAUGGUUCCAGGAACAGUUAAGGAGCAAAGUCCCAUGGUACUGGCACCUGUCAAGGAGCAAAGCUCCGUGGUCCCUGAGCCUGUGGCUCAAGGUCCCACGGUCCCAGUACCUGUCAAGGAUCAAGGUCCUACCGUUUCAGAGCAGCUGAAGGGUCAAAGCGCUACAGUCAGAGCACCUGUAAAGAAUGAAGGUCCCAUGCCCUCUGAGCCUGUGAAGAACCAAGCUCUAGUGUUGCCAGAGCCAGUCAAGGAUCAAGGCGGAGCAGUCCCAAAGCUUCCGAAGGAUCUCGAGCCUGUGGUUGCAGGACAGACAAAGAAUCAAGGUCCUGUGGUCCCAGCACCAGUCAAGGAUCAAGGCCCCGUGGUCCCAGAGCCUCCAAAGAAUCAAGGUCCUGGGGUCCCUGAGCCUGUGAAGAGUCAAGUUCCUAUAAUUCCGGUGCCUCUGAAAGACCAAGACCUUCUGGUGCCACCACCAGCCAAAGACCAAGUUCCUGUGGUCCCCGAGCCUCUGAAGACUCAAGGUCCCAGGGGCCCCCAGCUGCCCACUAUCUCACCUCCACCCCCAGUCAUGAUCCCAACCGUCCCCCACGCGGAAUAUAUUGAGAGUUCCCCUUGACAUGCCAAGGAAGGAGCUGGCCAUGGAAGUGCUCCCUCCCAGGGGCAGCGAAGACACAUAUUUAAUCCGCAUGAAACACGUACCAUAUAGUCUUGCUGGAAUAUAAUAAAACUUCUCCCU